CAUCAUCAGCAUUACCAUUGAAUCAGCUGAUUCAUGUACAUGCCUGUAAAACGUUUGUUACUGUGAAAAUGUCAAAGACGAGGGUGUCUGUAUGCGACUAAAAAUGUUUCUGUUGUGAGACAAAGUUCCUACGAGAUUAGGUUAUUAUUUUCGUUGAAUAUAUUUCUUUGGUGAUGACAAUAAUAAUAAAAGUUUGUUGUACCUAACCUCAAAACUGCACAUGAAACUUGUUUUACAACAUCCAGUCGUAAACAGUUGACUGAAAGAGUAUGGCAUCAUCUGUAUGCAGUGCUCUAGGUACAGAUAAGGAAAACUUGGUUGGGAAAUUGAUUGCUGUUGAAGAAAACCAUGGCAGCAAUGGCAAUUUUGUGCUAAACUGCCUUAUAGCUGAACAGAUUCAGAAGGGAGGUGGAGUAUGUCUAGUAGCAUUACAUAACUCCUUUGGGCAUUAUCACAAUAUUGGUACAAAAUUAGGAUACAACUUACGUCAACUGCAAGAGAAAGGUCGUGUUGAAAGUAUUGAAAUUUUAAAGCUAUUAAAUGGAUCUCUAAAUACAGCACAUGAAGAUGGGUCAGAACAAAACAUCUUGUUUGGCAGUGAAGAGGACACUGUGAGAAAUAUCUUUCAUUUAAUUGAAGAGAAGAUAAAGAAGAUACUUCAGAACAUUAAACCAGUUAGCCUUGUAAUUGAUGAUCUCAGUGAUCUAUUAUGUUUAGGGAUACCUCUGAAAGAAGUGUUAUCACUUCUUCAAUACUGUCGAACUUUGUUGGACUCGCAGCCCGGUCUGUCAUUGGUGGUGUUGACUCAUGUUGCUGAGGGUGAUGAACAACAAAAUUUGUUAACUGCAGGACUGUGCCAUGUGGCAGAUAUGACGGUCAGUAUUUGUGGGCUAAAAACAGGACAAAGCAGUGAUGUUUCAGGUGCCAUGAAAGUUAUUCACAGAAGAUGGGAUGAAUCAGCUGUAGCUCAUGAAUGGAACAGGCAGAAUUUAUAUCAUUUCAAAUUACUUGACAGACAAGUGAAGGUUUUUGCACCUGGUACUGCAUCGUCAUUCACAUAAAGUACAGAUGGAGCUACAGCUAUAAAAUGUAGUUGAAAUCUGUACAAAAAUAAAUACACACAUAAAUUUGUAAUUAAUAUUGUUUUGAUUUAUAAUUAAUUCAUAGUUCUGCUUAGCUCAUAAUAUAAAUGUAUCUGAAGAAUAGUUGCAUUAUAAGUUCUUAGACGUAUGAUCUGAACCUUUCAUGGCGACAAAAUAGAACGAAUUCAUCUUGGUCUACAACCUUAGCCCGGGAAAAAUUUAUUAUUAAGUUCUUAGAAUUUCAUGUUUGCAUAGUGUCGGAAGCCACAGGUGGAAGACGAGAUGUUGUGAUGACAUUUUAUGUUAUGUACCAAUUUUUUGUUUUUAAAAGCUAAUGAACUCUCUUUUGAGCUUCGUGAAAAUGUAGGGGCUAUAUUGAACCGAAAUUAAAUUUAACCAAUCUUUCGGCGUUGGCCUCGGUGCCAAGCUUUGUAAGAAUCUGUUUACUACUUUUGGAGAUGAAAUUUGCAAAUGGACAGACAUUCAUGUAAUACAUUUUGUAUAAAGAACAAAUAAAAAAGUGACUGGUCUCAUCACACAAAUACACUC